AAGAGAGAGCAAAGAAAGCAACAACAGAAGAGACGGAGAGAGGCCACAUCUGUGCUCCUCUGAGAGGGGAGGACAAACAGUAUCUGCACUCGUCCUUCCUCCUUCGUUCCUCCUCUUGUGUCCUCACUCCCAGCUGUGCCGGAUCUCCUCCUUCCUGCAGCCGUUUGGAACAACACCAAAGAUUGCGAGAUGCAGGAGAGGACGCAGAAGAGGACAGCGGAGAUGAGGAGAUGACUAGCGUGUGUGACGGGCUUGCAUGUGGUCUCGACAGUUGUGAGUGUGUGUGUGUGGGAGUCCCUGAGCUCCUGCCGGCUUCAACCAGAUGGAAUCUGGCCCGGCCGGUUGGCAUGGAGAUGGAUGCGAGGUGCCUCCUCGCUCAGUGGACCGCUGCUAGCAAACAAACAAGCUCUUGUUUUCUGUCCACUCUCUGUCGCUGAGGCGGGUCCGGCAGCUUUAAGCGUGUGAUUUUUGUUUUUCGGGAUUCUCUUUCUGUGUUUUUUUUUCUCGUCCCGAACUGAAAAAGUGAUCGAGAGAACGCAGAGCUUCUUUUCUAAACUCUGCCGACUCUGUCUGUCCUGACCGUCGCUCUUGGCGAAAGAAAAGUCGUGAGGGCCAGCACCCUGCGUGUGUUUCUGCACAGAUUUUCGGGUUCUCGUCCGGGACAGCUCAGUUCUAAUUAGGCCAGAGGGUAGCAAGCUGGUGCCUUUCCCAUUUAAUGUUUCGCCUCCCUCUCUCCCUUCUUCAUCCACCCCCUGAGGCCCCAUUGUCAUCAUUAAUUUCUAUUGCGAGUCGUCCAUGAAUAAUGGAGGUAGCGGAGUCUUCUCUGGACUAGUGCCUUAAGGGUGUGAGGCAGACGGGAAGACGAACGGAGGGUUAGAAAACAGAGCCGAGCGCUGGAGUGCUCACUCAGAGGGGUGUGUCCAGCGGCGAACGGAUGAAUGGAAGAGCAGCCGACAGAGGCCGAGCUCAGGAACAACACGUGCUGUGACGACGAAGCAGAGGAGAGGGCCAUCCUCAAUUACAUCCAGACCGCACCUUCCUCAGCCGGGAGUAAACAAAAGAGAUAACGGAAGGGAAACAUCUUCUCUACGGCCUUUUUGAACAUUUGUUGCGAGAUGCCCAAGUGGAAUAUCCCUGAAUCUUUGGGCUUCAAACGUUUGAUUCUCUUUUAAAGUGAACUCACCUGCAGCAUCAAAGAAGAAACAGGACUCGCAGACCUGGAACAUGAGCAGGGACUUGCUUUGAAAAGGAGGCCGUCUCUUAAAUAAAGUAUCGUACUUGGCAGCUCUACAGUCUCUGUUGGCAUGAUCAUUGUUGACAGUUGAUAGACAAAGAAAGGAGGAGCAGGAGACUGUGAUGUAACUUCCUCCAUGUGGACCGGCUUCGUAGAAAGUGCCUGAACUUUGUAGCUUUGUAAAAUAAAAAAAGAAAACCAAAAGACACCUGAACUCACAGAAUCAUGGACGACUCGAGUAUUCUGAGGCGCAGAGGACUUCAGAAGGAGCUGAGCCUUCCCAGGAGAGGCAGCUUCUGUCGGACGAGCAACAGAAAGAGUCUGAUUGUGACGUCCAGCACCUCCCCGACGCUGCCACGACCACACUCACCUCUGCAUGGACACACAGGCACCAGCCCGUUGGACAGCCCUCGCAACUUCUCCCCCAACACAGCUGCACACUUCUCCUUUGUUCCUGCACGCAGUCACGGACACAGGGCUGACAGGACGGAUGGCCGACGCUGGUCUCUGGCCUCGUUGCCUUCCUCUGGUUAUGGCACCAACACUCCCAGCUCCACCGUCUCGUCCUCCUGUUCAUCUCAGGAGAAGCUGCACCAGCUGCCCUUCCAGCCCACGCCGGACGAGCUGCACUUCCUCACCAAACACUUCAGCUCCGAGAGCAUCACGGACGAGGACGGACGCCACUCCCCCGCCAUGAGACCGCGCUCCCGCAGCCUCAGUCCCGGCCGCUCGCCGAUCUCCUUCGACCACGAGAUCGUCAUGAUGAACCACGUGUACAAAGAGCGGUUCCCCAAGGCGACGGCUCAAAUGGAGGAGCGUCUGGCUGAGCUGCUCUCCUCCUCAGCCCCGGAUAAGGUCUGCCCGCUGGCCGACGGGGUCCUCAGCUUCAUCCACCAUCAGCUGAUAGAGCUGUCCAGAGACUGCCUGGAGAAAAGCAGGGAGGGCCUCAUCACCUCCCGCUACUUCUACGAGCUCCAGGAGAGCCUGGAGAAGCUGCUGCAAGAUGCUCACGAGCGCUCGGAGAGCGUCGAGGUAACCUUCGUCACGCAACUGGUCAAGAAGCUGAUGAUCAUCAUCGCCCGGCCGGCGCGGCUUCUGGAGUGUCUGGAGUUUGAUCCUGAGGAGUUCUACCACUUGUUGGAAGCAGCAGAGGGCCAUGCCAAGGAGGGUCAGGGCAUCAAGUCCGACAUCCCCCGAUACAUCAUCAGCCAGCUGGGCCUCACCAGGGACCCCCUGGAGGAAAUGGCCCAGCUGAGCAGUUAUGACAGCGGGAACCCAGAAACCCCGGAGACUGAUGACUCCGUGGAUAGUCGAGGUACGACCGUCCCUGCAGCUCCACCGCAGACUAAAACCAAAACACCUCGAGAGGAAGACUUCGAGAACAUCAAGCUCAUCAGUAACGGAGCCUACGGCGCCGUGUUUCUGGUGCGUCACAAAGAGACCCGGCAGCGUUUCGCCAUGAAGAAGAUCAACAAGCAGAACCUGAUCCUGAGGAAUCAGAUCCAACAGGCCUUCGUGGAGCGAGACAUCCUGACGUUUGCAGAGAACCCGUUCGUCGUCUCCAUGUUCUGUUCUUUCGAGACCAGGAGACACCUCUGCAUGGUGAUGGAGUACGUGGAGGGUGGAGACUGCGCCACGCUGCUGAAGAAUAUCGGAGCUCUGCCGGUCGACAUGGCUCGUAUGUACUUUGCAGAGACCGUCCUCGCGUUAGAGUAUCUGCACAACUACGGCAUCGUGCACAGAGACCUGAAACCUGACAAUCUUCUCAUCACGUCCAUGGGACACAUUAAGCUGACAGACUUCGGCCUCUCAAAGAUUGGUUUGAUGAGUCUGACCACAAACUUGUAUGAAGGACACAUCGAGAAAGACACGAGAGAGUUCCUCGACAAACAGGUGUGCGGCACUCCGGAGUACAUCGCCCCCGAGGUGAUUCUGCGUCAGGGCUACGGGAAGCCGGUGGACUGGUGGGCGAUGGGAGUCAUCCUGUAUGAGUUCUUGGUGGGCUGCGCCCCGUUCUUCGGAGACACACCGGAGGAACUGUUCGGUCAGGUGAUCAGUGAUGAGAUCAUGUGGCCGGAGGAGGAUGAAGCUCUGCCCCAGGAGGCUCAAGACCUGAUCUCCAAACUGCUGAGACAAAAUCCUCUGGAGAGACUGGGCACAGGAAGUGCCUUUGAGGUGAAGCAGCACUCGUUCUUCACAGAGCUGGACUGGAACAGCCUGCUGAGGCAGAAGGCCGAGUUCAUUCCCCAACUGGAGUCUGAAGACGACACCAGCUACUUUGACACUCGCUCUGACCGGUACCACCACAUAGACUCAGAAGAAGAAGACGACACCAAUGACGAAGAACACGUGGAGAUCCGACAGUUCUCCUCCUGCUCGCCUCGUUUCAGCAAGGUGUACAGCAGCAUGGAGCGUCUGUCUCUGCACGAGGAGAAGAGGACUCCUCCACCCACCAAACGCAGCCUCAGUGAGGAGGGAGGAGAUCGAAUCGACAGCCUGAGCGGGCUCAAGUCCAGAGAUCGGUCCUGGCUCGUGGGAUCUCCAGAGAUCCUGCGGAAGCGUCUUUCUGUGUCCGAGUCAUCUCACACGGAGAGCGACUCCAGUCCACCGCUGACGGUCCGGAGGCGCUGCUGUUCAGCCAUCAUCGAGAUGCCUCGCUUUGCCAUCUCCUCGGAGGAAGAGGGAGGUCAAGGUGCGGCAGGAAGUCGUAAGAGUCCCAGCCUGUUGGGUCCGAGUGCGGUGAGGGGUCCACGGAGUGACGAGCUGCCUCUCGCCAUCCCAGAGCUCCCAGUGGAGAGAGAGCUGAAGCUUGACGAGUCUCCCACCACACCGAGCUCCACCUCCAGCCAGCUGAGCAGGGCGACGCUGACACCCGGUAGUUCAGGUGACGUGUCCGACCGUGGGUCCAGAGGUAACGGCAGUAACGGCGGCGCCAGCGGAGCGGCUAAAGUCGCGGCAGACAGCGACUCUCCAUUGACUCCGAGAGCCAUCAGCGACCUGGCGGCUCGCAGGGCUCGCCAUCGGCUGCUGUCCGGAGACACAGACAAACACGCGGCGACGCCGAGCUCCAGGCCGCUCAACAAGGUCAUCAAGUCUGCGUCCGCCACCACGCUGUCGCUGAUGAUCCCUGCAGACCACCACGGAGCGUCUCCAUUGGCCAGCCCGAUGUCGCCUCACUCACUCUCGUCCAAUCCAUCGUCACGGGACUCCUCCCCGAGCCGCGACCUGUCCCCGGCCGUGAGCAACGUCAAGCCCGCCAUCGUGAUCCACCGAGCGGGCAAGAAGUACGGCUUCACCCUGAGGGCCAUCCGAGUGUACAUGGGAGACUCUGACAUCUACACUGUGCACCACAUGGUGUGGCACGUGGAGGAGGGCGGUCCGGCCCACGAGGCGGGGCUCAGAGAGGGAGACCUGAUCACCCACGUCAACGGAGAGCCGGUUCACGGGCUGGUUCACACAGAGGUGGUGGAGCUGAUCCUGAAGAGCGGUGCCAAAGUUUCCAUCUCUGCCACGCCGUUUGAAAACACGUCCAUCAAAGUCGGCCCCGCCCGAAAGACGGGUCACAAAUCCAAGAUGGCGAGACGCAACAAGAAGACCAAGACCAAGGAGGGACAGGACAGUAAGAAGAGGACGUCUCUGUUCAGGAAGAUCACCAAGCAGGCGUCUCUCCUCCACACCAGCCGCAGUCUGUCCUCCCUGAACCGCUCCCUGUCUUCAGGCGAGAGCGGCCCCGGGUCACCCACGCACAACCUGUCACCGCGGAGCCCGACGCAGGGCUACAGGUCCACGCCGGACUCCACCCACUCAGUUGGUGGAAACUCGUCUCAGAGCAGCUCUCCCAGCUCCAGCGUCCCAAACUCCCCAGCGAGCUCCGGCCACAUCCGGCCCAGUUCCCUGCACGGCCUCGCCCCGAAGCUCCAGCGCCAGUACCGCUCGCCCCGACGCAAAUCUGCCGGCAACAUCCCCCUCUCCCCUCUGGCUCGCACACCCUCGCCCACACCUCAGAGCAGCUCGCCUCAGCGCUCGCCCUCCCCGCUGCCCAGCCACGCUCUGGGACACGCCGCGGUGGGUCAGUCGUUCCCGGUGAAGCUCCACUCCUCCCCUCCUCUGGUGAGGCAGAUAUCCCGGCCUAAGAGCGCCGAGCCUCCGCGCUCUCCGCUCCUCAAGAGGGUGCAGUCGGCCGAGAAACUGGCCUCCUCCCUCUCUAGCUCCCCCUCGUCUCCCGCCGGGGUGGCUGCGGUGGGGGAGAAGAAGCUGGCGGUGGGAGCGUCUGUGGGGAGCCGCAAACACAGCCUGGACAUCUCACACUCCGAGUUUAAGAAGGAGAUUCUGCAGAGAGAGCCGAGUCUACAGAGUCUGCAGGAGUCGGCCAGCGAGGGUCUGCUGUCCUCAGCGGGCCGCGGCGUGGAGAAGGGCAGCCUGCAGAAACACUCCUCCUCAUCCAGGAAGUUGGGGCGUCAGGAAGGGGACGGCGGCCUUGGCGCCGUGUCCGGCUCGCUGGGCCUGGCCCCCGGGAAGAGCAAGCUGAAGGACAAACUGUCCGCCAUCCGUCAGGACCGGGCCGAGCGGAGGGAAUCGCUGCAGAAACAAGACGCCAUCCACGAGGUCGAUUCGUCCGAGGACGAGACGGACGAGGGCUCAGAGGACAGCCAGGACGGACGCAGGGGGCCGACCUUCACCCCUCCUCCCCUGCUGAGGCCCACCACUGUGAGAACGGGCCCCGGAGGCACCCUGCCGUCCCUCUGCCUCUCCCCCUGCACCCCUCAUGCCACGUUCUCCCACACGGGACCCUCGCAGGCUGGCCGGCCCGCUCCCUCGCACACCCUCGCCUCCGUCACAGAGGCGAAGCCCGGACAGAGCGCCUCUGCUCAGGGAGUAAAAGACGCAAGGUCGUCCUCCGCCGCAGAAGACAGCACAAGACAAGACAGGAAGAUUCUGGGGCCGAGCAGUACCACCAAACCCACUCAGGGCCCCCUUCCCUUCUCCACCCCAGGCAGUGCAUUCAUCUCAGUCAGCAAGGACACUUUCCUCAAGCCGAGUCCGCCACAAGACUCAAAGACUCUCAGGGGGAAGACCGCACCAUCAGAGCCCAGGGCAGAGGUCCGAACCCUGGACAUCCCUAAAACCACAGUCCCUUCAACCACGAUCACUACCACAGAGUCCAGAACCACAACCACUACCACAGACUGCCGAACCUCUGACAGCCCAGAGACGCCCCGCUCCUCCUGCUCCUCUCCCGGCAUCCCCAAGGAGAAGAAGGAGGCCGACAACCGGAGACUUUGUGCUGCAGCUGCUGCCGCCGGGUCGUCAUCCUCCACCUCUGGAUCGAGCUCCAGCUCCACCUCCCCAGUUCCGUCUCUUGAGAGUGGCAUGGACAAAGUCGUGUCCCAGCUUGCAACAGUUGCUAAAAGUGUCCUUGGCCCAGUCAAGCUUGGCACCUCUGUAGACAAGAGCCAGAAGGACCAGAAGCCAUCCAGAGGUGGCACCCCAGAGGUCCCAACACCUGACCCCCUUUCAUUUGCUUCUAAACAGCUCCCGACCCCUCCGUCACCUCACCUGAUGGAGUCCACCACCCGACAGAAAACUGUUGCUUCGGCCAAACCCUCGACGCAGAAAGACUGUGCAGCUCUGCCGCCACCGCCAUCCUGCAAAGACGUCCCAGAAAGAUCCACGUCAGGGUCCGCUGCCACGUCUGCACCUGCACACCGACCCGGUCCAUCUACCGCUCAGCCUGCCCUCAACACGACCGCCAGCUCCUCUGCAACAUCUGAGCCACAACGCAAGAGGUCCGGACCCCAGACGACAACUGCCGCCGCCGCCUCCACCACCGCCAGCACCAACGCCGUGUCCGCCUCCUCGCAACAAGACAAAACAACCAGCAAGAAGACGUAGCAGCAGAAACAAACUGAUCACACCACUCAGUGCUGGCUUUGGGUUUCACUCACAAACUGCAUGUUAGUAACUUCGCACUAAUCAGAGAGUUUUGACAGAGCGGUCAGAGCGAGACAGAUGUUUCAUUCCAGCUGUUCUGAGCUGCUCAUGUUCUUGUGAGUUCUUUUAGUGUCCCGACUCUUCGGUUCCGCUUUCUUUCUCUUCGGGGCUGAAAAUAAAGAGCUCGGCGGUCCGGACCUUUUUAAAAACACGCGUCUCGCUCGAGAACUUCUCGUGCCGCCUCAUCACUUCACCUCGACGUUUGGUGGCAGAGUCUACAGGCGCAUUCCUCCAGCAGAUUUAGGACGCGCCUUCGCCAACAGCGUCGCCACCCGUGACCGGAGAAAGAAAGUACCUCAGCAGGAAAGUGCAGCGGCGUCUGUUUAGCAGCCUGUUUAAAUGCAUUACGUGUUCGUAAUGGGGCUGAAUCUGCACCGUCAACGUGCGCUCAGCAGCCAGAUAACCGGGCCAAAUUAAAUUCUGCUCUCGCUGAAGUCCCUGGUGAUCCGACACUGCAGGUCUGCAGGACGGGUGGAUGUUUUCCCCCGAGCGCCGACUCCAGGCACGACUCAGCGGUUUAAAGAGAUUCCCGGGAAUGUCGGAGCCGGAUUAGAUUAGUUUGUGCUGAUUUACAGAGUCUGCACUCUGUUCACACGCCUGCACCGACAUCAACUCCUCAGUUUAUGGAACCUUCCAAAGUUUCAGGCAAACUAUCAGGAGAGAUGUAACUCACGAUGUGAGCGGAGAUACUUUAUGGUCAGACUGAUUCAGACGCUCUUUAUCCCAAACUCACAUUUGAAGACGUACCCGACGUUAUCGGCUUCAUCUCAAUCCAAACUGAGCGCGCUCAGACCGACUGUCGGACCGCCGGCUCUUUAUUCGCAGCCCCACGCUCGGCCUCUCGUUUUAUUUUUGGUAUCUGGACCAACGUGCUGUGUUUGUUUGUUUCAUCUAAUCCUGUAAAGUUAUCACACUUUACUUUGUGUGUGUGUGUGUGUGUGUGUGUGUGUGUGUGUGUGUGAGGGAGAGAGUGUGUGUUUAUCUGUGCAUGGUUAUCUGUGUGUAUAUAUAAGAAUAUUUAAAGUUCUGUUGUGCAUCAGUUUUAUACCCAGUGUGUGUGUGUGUGUGUGUGUGUGUGUGUGUGUGUGUGUGUGUGUGUGUCACUAAGAGGAGAAGCCGGCCGAGACGUUCGACCUCUGACCUCUUCAGUCAGCCUGACGUUUGUUUGGUUUUCUGGACGUUCUCGUCACGUCUCUGAUUCCUACUGUACUCUCUGUUUUAAACGUUUUCUUUUGGUUUGUUUCACGUUUUUUUUAGCGUCACAUUUCAGAUUUGACUUACAUGAGCGCACGGCGUGUGUGUGUGUGUGUGCGCGUGUGUGUGUGUGUGUGUGUGUGUGUGUGUGUGUGUGUGUGUGUGAGGUCCUGUCGUGACUUUAAGGUGAACUAAACCUCCUUCAGUGUUCGUGUCUUCACUGAUCUCAGUUUAAAGGACACUGACGCUGACUGUGGCAAUCUGUGUUAUGUUUACAUGUCUCUUUGUUUCUUUGCCGAUGGAACUGGUCGCCUGCAGCAGUCAGACCUCCUCUCGUGUUCAGGCGACUCCUCGUCACGAUGUGCUGCGUGUUCGUGUUUUAGCUGAUGAAGACACGUACGCCAGAAUCAUUUCCGCUCUCGUGUGCAGACGUGUUGAAAAGUUUCUGUGGGACGGAGUUUAAAGCUGCUUCUGUCUGCGGCUGCGUCGGACUUGAACAGAUUUAGUUUAGUCGAUUAAGUGACCACAUUGGAUGUUUAGCAUACACACAGCGCGGCGUCACCGGGAAAAUGACAGCUCAGAGACAGAAGAGGUAAAUAAAGAAACAUCCUGAGCUGAUCAGUCUGAUCUGAGCGAGCACGGACAGAGUCAUGAGCAAGUUUCAGAAGUUCUCUGACGGUCUCUGACGGAUCGCGUGUCUGUCCUGGAUUCACUAAAAUGUUCUCAGACCUGAAACUGAGUCAACAAAAGAGAUUCAAGAGAUUUCAAACUCACAGAAUCAGGAUUUCAUACCAAAGAUCUAGAAACUCAAAUAUUGUCUGAAGUCGAUCAAACAUCUGGAUCCAAACAUUUGGAUCAGUCCGUCUCCGAUCUGAUUAAAGAUUCGUGACAGACGAGUUCAUUAAAUCCUGAAAUUUAAAGUUUGGAUCUUUAGUCUCGUUCAGCUCUGAUCCAUCUGCUCGUCGUCCCGUUAGUGCUACAGCUGCCUCACACACACACACACACACACACACACACACACACAUAGAUCAAUACAAGUGCCAUCGAAUCUAACGGUGCCACUUUCUAAUGUGUGUGUGAGAGUGUGUGUAUAAACACACACUCUCACACACACACCUUCUCCCCAGUGUAAAAAUGAUGGUCCAGCCAUCUGCUGGAGAGUGAAGCGAGUGUCAGCUUCCCUGGUGGAGUCAUUAAUCUCAGACCACACACACACACACACACACACACACACACACACACACACACACACACACACACACAGGGUCAGCUCGGCCAACACAAACACACCCGGCUCCCUCAGGCUCCUCCGUCCCGUCCCGGUCCGCUCGCUCAGUCGGGUCAGCAGUUCUUCUGUGUUGGCAGUUUGUUCGCCCUCCAGCCUGUGUUUACCCAUCAUGCACCACUUCUGCUGCUGCUCUGUGGCCGAGGCACGCACACACACACACACACACACACACACAUACACACACACACACACACACCGCUCAUUAGGAACUGUAAUCAGUCUGAAAGUCGGGGUGUGAGGCGACACAGCGCUCGCUGAUUCUUCUCACGUGUUCGACGUCCUUCGUGUUGAAGCCAGGUAACGUCAGGACACGUUUCUGUCCUCGCCUGGUUUCAGAUCUCGAGUUUUGUCCCCGCCGAGCUCCCGUACGCCUCUGACUCUGAGCUCUGUCCGUGAGGCACAUAGACGAUCCACACACGUGACUUUGGGUAUGACGAGGUCCGCGGCGAAGCCUUAUGACCACUAACGAACACGUCACGUGAGGCUGAACGUUCUGGCGUGCUGCUCGUUCGGGCCCUCCAGACGGGGGCGCUGUUUGUCUUUAAAGAGUGACGAAGAGGAGGAGGAGGAAGGUUGAGCUGCUCGAGGAAGAUGUUAGAGAGAAAUCAAACAUUGCUAGAGUAAAACCAGUGCAAUAUCUUUUUAUUUUUUAUCGUGGUAAAGCAUGUUGUUGUCGAUCUUACCUUACAACAAUAAUAAAGUUUUUUUUAUGAA